CUGCCUUCCAAGCAUUCUUGAAACGUGAAAUGUGGGAGGGAUUAUCCAAGAGAUAGAUAGACAGAGAGAGAGAUGGCUAUCCAGUGAAUCUAGAGGACUGUAAAACAUAUCUCCCUGGGGUAUCAAACGAGGAAAAGGGCAAGGCUUCCACCAGAAAGGAAGAGUCGGAUCGGAGACCUCCUUAUUGCUAAGAUCAUCCUCGCAGAGCUCCUUGCUUGGGAAGGCAGGCGAGGAAGCAAGCAAGCAAGCAAGCAAAAACCUGGACUUUUUUCCAAAGCGGGUGGAAAAGAAAGAGGUGUCUGUCCAGUGAACUCCUGAGUGUAAAACAUCUCCCAAGGCGAGGAAAAGGCACAGUCGAAGACCUCCUUGCCACUAAAGAAGAUCAACUUGCAAAACUUGGGCUUGAUUGGGAAGGCAGGCAGGCAAGGAAACGCUGGACUUGGAAAAGUUGCUGUGUGUGUGUGUGAGAGAGAGAUGGCUAGCCACUGAAUUCAGGACUCUAAAACAUCUCCUUGGGGUGCCAAGAAAGGAAAAGACGAGCUAUGAAGGGGAAGAAUCAGAUCGGAAACCUCAGUUACUGCUAAGAUCACCCUGCAAGCAAGCAAGGCUGGACUUUGAAAAGCAGGUAGAAAAGAGAGAGAUGGCUAUCCAGUGAAUCGUUUGACUGUAAAACAUAUAUCUCUCUGGAGUGUCAAGCGAGAAAAAGGCACUGCUUCCAUCAGAAGGGAAGAGUCCGAUCUGAGACCUCCUUAUUGCCCAAGAUCAGCCUGCAAAACUCCAGCUUGGAAAGGCAGGCAGGCAAGUAAGCAAAGAAGCAAAGGCUGGACUUUGCAAAGCGGGAGAAAGAAAGAGAUGGUUAUAUAGUGAAUCUCCUUGGGGUUUCAUGCGAGGAAAAGGCACUGCUUCCAUCAAAAGGGAAGAGUCGGAUGGGAGCGACCCCCUUAUUGCAAAGAUCAGCCUGCAAAACUCCAGCUUGGGAAGGCAAGGAAGCAAAGGCUGGUCUUUGCAAAGAGAGAGAGAGACAGAGAGAGAUGGCUAUUCAGUGAAUCCAGGACUGUAAAACAUUUUCCUGGGAUUUCAAGCAAGAGAGGAGAGAGAGAUGGCUCCCCAUUGAAUUCAGGGCUGCAAGCAAAGGAAAAAAGGAGUUAAAAGCCACGGCUUAUUACAACACCAGAAGGGAAGAAGAGUCCGGAUCGGAGCCCUCUCCUUCUUUCCCACUUACGUUUAAACCGAUCAGUAAUGUAACAAUUGUAAUGUAACAGUAAUGUAAGCGCCCACUUACAUUGUUGCCAAGCUCAGCCUUCAAAACUCCGGCUUGGAAAGGCAGGCAAGGAAGGGAGGAAGCAAGCAAGCGCUGGACCUUGCAAAGAAAUAAAAGAGAGAGAUAGCUACCCACUGGAUUCCUGACUGCGAAACAUCUCCCUUGGGGUGUCAAGCAGCACGGCUUCCAUCCGAAGGGGAAGGGUCUGAUCAGAGGACCUCCUCAUUGCCAAGGUCAGCCUGCAAGACUCCAGCUUGGAAAGGCAGGCAAGCAAGGAAGCAAGCAGACGCCGGACUUUGCAAAGAGAGAGAGAGAGAGAGAGAGAGAGAGAGAGAGAGAGAGAGAUGGCUAUCCAAUGAAUCCAGGACUGUAAAAACAUCUCCCUGUCAAGAGAAAGAACAAAUCUGAAUUUUGAAAAGAGAGAGAGAGAUGGUUAUCCAGUGAUUCCAGGACUGUAAAACAUCCCCCUGGCAAGAGAGAAAGCAAAGCUAGACUUUGAAAAGAGAGAAAGACAAGGGCACUCACCUCCCCGCAGACAGGCUCCCAGGCACUGUUGUGUUGCACAGGGAGGUCUGCCUGUGGCCAAGAACAGAGAGAAAGAGAGAUCUGCAAGAUCUGCGUGGAUCUGGUUGGUGGCUCUUGCCUCUCUGCAAAUCCCCGGCCAGGAGGGAGGAGAGAGAGAAAGAAAAAAGGGAGCCCAGCUCUCCUGGUCUUUUUGCUGAGGAGGAGGAGGAGGAGGAGUAGCUGCUCCAGGUCCUGCUGCCCGGGUUUGUUGGACGUGGGGAUGCUGGAGCCCGGGGCUGCGUGUUGCUGGAGGAGCCCGGGAGAGGAGGAUGGUGCCUCGUAGGAGGAGAACCAGGCGGAGGAAAGGGAGGCAGCAGCCUCCGUCGCAUUUCAUGGUGAUCCUACUGCCCUGGGAAGGAAGAGAGGAAGUCCAGGAGGAGAAGGCUGCCCAAGGUGGGUUCUUCCUUGCUGCCCCAGGGCCUCCAGAUCCCAGGGAAGGAGGAGGAGGAUCAGGAGCCAACCACAUCUCCCAAAACCUCCAGGCAUCAAGAGAAUCAUACAGCAUGUACAGUUAGUGAAAGCUGCUUCUGUCUCAUCAGCCACAUGUGCCAAACAGAUUGCUGAGAUCCAGCCUCAAGCUGAGAUGAAUGCCUUGCAGACUAAAAGAAGCCACAUGCAUCCUUACCACUAACACCGCAGUGAAAAGAAGGACUAGUCUAGAAAACCUGCCUCUAGUCAAGAUUUGGUAUCUUAUAUUGCUUACUGGUCACCUGUACAGGACAUUAUUACAAUCAUUCAGCAUACAUGGAGAGAGGCAACAAAAUGUGCAAACCUGGCUAACAAGAGAGAAACUUACCUAGCCAGAGUGGAAGGCAAUCCAGUUAUAUGAGGAUUAUUUUGUAUUUAGCCUUCAGAACAUUACCUCUUCUGUGCAAAGAACAGAAAUCCAAAUGUAUUUUCAGUUUCUCUUUUUUUGCUAGUAUUUUUUCUCUUUUUCAGUAUUUUUUCCCCUUAAUUUAGAAAUGGGCCCGUGGACUAGAAUGUGGCUCAUGGACAAGGGUACUUUCUUUAAAUCAUGGCUUGUGUUUUCUCUGGGGCUCUACAUGCAGUUCUCCAAAGCUGUGGCCUGUCCAAGCGUUUGCCGCUGUGACCGAAACUUUGUCUACUGUAAUGAACGCAGCUUGACCUCAGUGCCUCUUGGAAUCCCGGAGGGUGUUACCGUACUCUACCUCCAUAAUAACCAAAUUAAUAACGCUGGAUUUCCUACAGAGCUACACAACGUCCAGUCUGUGCACACAGUUUACCUAUAUGGCAACCAGCUGGAUGAGUUCCCCAUGAAUCUGCCCAAGAAUGUCAGAGUUCUCCACCUGCAAGAAAACAACAUCCAGACCAUUUCUCGGGCAGCUCUGGCCCAGCUGUUGAAACUGGAAGAGUUGCACCUAGAUGAUAAUUCCAUCUCUACUGUAGGAGUUGAGGAUGGGGCUUUCCGGGAAGCUGUUAGCCUCAAGCUUCUGUUCUUGUCUAAGAAUCACUUAAGCAGUGUACCAGUUGGCCUUCCAGUGGACUUACAAGAACUACGAGUUGAUGAAAACCGAAUUGCCAUCAUAUCAGAUAUGGCCUUUCAGAAUCUCACAAGCUUGGAACGUCUCAUAGUGGAUGGCAACCUCCUUACCAAUAAAGGUAUUGCAGAUGGCACCUUUAGCCACCUAUCCAAACUCAAGGAAUUCUCUAUAGUACGAAAUUCACUAACAUACCCUCCCCCUGAACUCCCAGGUACAAACCUACUUAGGCUUUAUCUACAGGACAACCAGAUAUCACACAUACCACUUUCAGCCUUUUCAAAUCUCCACCAGCUGGAGCGACUUGAUAUAUCCAACAAUCAGCUUCGGAUGUUGUCCAAAGGUGUUUUUGAUAACCUUCAUAACCUUAAGCAACUCACAGCAAGGAAUAAUCCGUGGCUUUGUGAUUGUAGUAUUAAGUGGGUCACUGAAUGGCUCAAGUUAAUUCCAUCCUCCAUCAAUGUUCGAGGAUUCAUGUGUCAGGGGCCAGAUCACGUCCGAGGUAUGGCUGUCAGGGAACUCACCAUGAAUAUGUUGUCAUGCCCCCCAACUACCCCUGCUCUGUCAUUUGUUACCCAGGCUCCCACAACAUCCUUGCCAACCACAGUCACCCCUACAACAUUACUCGUAACCCCAAAUAACAAAUACACUCCUUUUACCCCCAUAGUAGCUACACUCCCCAUUGUGCCUGAGAGAGACGAUGGAGAAAAGGUGACCACUCCCUUUGUUGAACGCUUUCAGCUGUUUAUCCACAUUGUGAAUGACACAUGCAUCCAAGUCAGCUGGCAUACCCUUUUUAACAUCAUGGCGUACAAACUUACCUGGGUUAAAAUGGGCCACAGUCUGGAAGGAGGCAUCAUUCAGGAACGGAUAGUUAGUGACAAGAGACAGAACAUAAGCUUGACAAACCUAGAGCCCAAAUCUACGUAUCGGAUUUGCUUAGUUCCCUUGGAUGAUUUUAAUAAUUACCGAGUUGGUGAGGACACUGUCUGUUCUGAAGGUACCACCAAGGCUUCCUUAUUAAGCAAUGGUAGCAACACAGCCUCCAGUCAUGAGCAGACAACUUCUCAUAACAUUGGUUCCCCAUUUCUCUUGGCAGGAUUGAUUGGGGGGGCAGUGGUAUUUGUUUUGGUGGUUCUGCUUAGCAUCUUCUGUUGGCACAUGCACAAAAAGGGGCGCUAUACUUCUCAGAAGUGGAAAUACAACCGGGGCCGACGGAAAGAUGACUACUGUGAGGCGGGGACCAAGAAGGACAACUCCAUCCUGGAGAUGACAGAAACCAGCUUUCAGAUUGUCUCCUUAAAUAAUGAUCAACUCCUUAAAGGAGAUUUCAGACUGCAGCCCAUUUAUACCCCAAAUGGGGGCAUUAACUACACAGACUGCCAUAUCCCCAACAAUAUGAGAUAUUGCAACAGUGGUGUGUCAGACCUAGAACACUGUCAUACGUGAUAGUGAAGGGCAUGGCAGGACACCUACAACUAGAAACAAACUUGGAGGGAGGAAGCAGAUAAACCUACUCACACACAAACAAACAGAAAUUACAUUUGAUAAAUGUUACACAGAUGCAUUUGUGCAUUUGAAUACUCUGUAAUUUAUAUGGUGUACUAUAUAAUGGGAUUUAAAAAAAGUGCUAUCUUUUCUAUUUCAAGUUAAUUGCAAAUGGUUUUGUAACUUUUUGCUUUUUAAAUCUUAAAAAAUAUAGCUGAAGUACUGUACAGGGUUGUACGAUAAGAACCCAAUGCCAUGGCAAAGGAAAGAAAUGCCUCAUUCUUCAGACAUUAACCAUUUUGAUUUUGGAGCUUAUUUAGGGGGGUACUGGCUCAGACAUUUUCCACUAGUUAGGAAAUGUGUUAACAGGAGAAUAACAUCAGACAUUUCUAAGUAGGACCAGGUGUCAGGAGAAAUACAAAUUAAGAUCCCCUGUAACUGAUAAAAUUUGAGUAACUUCUGUUAAAACAUUAUUAGUCCAUUUUUGCUGCCUCUGUAUUUUUUAGUUCCAGUUGGAGCAGGAAAUUGUGAGCUUUCUAGUAUCAAACACUAUGAAUCUCUCUGUUCUUUCUAUUCACUUUUACCAAGAUGCUCAUCACACAUCACAAAGGCUGGUAUUGAAACAUUAAAAGCAAAAGACUUGUUUGCCCUUAAGUUCUUGUCAAAAUCAACAUAUGCAACACACACACACACCAGCUUUUGUCAGAAUUUUUUGUCUACAAUCCAGAUAUUUUUCUUUUGUUUUCUUUUGUAAAGUAAGCACAUUUCUUUAAGUCCCAGGCUAGUCACAUCAUACUAUGAACUUAAUCAAUGCUGUUUAUUACAGCAGUCCAAGGGGAUCUGAUACAUUGGCCAGAGUAGCAAGCAGUACUUUGAUUCUAAUUAGUUAAAUAUAUAUCCAAAAGAUGUUAAAGGUUGAUGAAAGGAUUCCCUUUGCCAUUUCUUAGUUUCAUAAUAUUCCUUGAUAAUUCAGUCACUUAAGUUUGCUCCAAGAAAAAGAAAGCAAACCCUGUGGGGGCAUUAAAAUAAGUAAACACUUACUCAUAAAGUGUUUUGAGAUUUUUUUUUGGCAGGGAGGGGAAAAAUCAUCAUGUUUAAAAAUUAAGUUGGGUAAAAAUUGAUAUUUCAAGAAAACAAUCUGGUUAAAAAAAGCCACCUCAAUUUGUAGGACUUGUGUUAUCACACAUUCAUUCUGAAUCCAUUAACAAUCCCACUUGGAUUUGGCAUCUGAAGUCCAAUAAUACUCCUGAUUUUGUUUGAUUUCCUCAUAAUGUUAAUUUGAGAUUUUUGUUCAAUUUUGUACCUUUGCAAGUGACACCCUUAGAAUGUAUGGUGUACAGUCCGUAUAAAAAAUGAAAACCAAGCAAAAUAAACCCCACUCUCCUUAAUUAUAGAGGAGCUUGUAUAAGAAUAGCUCUGGUGUAGAAUACAAACUAUCUAUGGACCAUUUAUGGAGAACUUGGUGGAGCUCCUAAUAUGCAAAAAUCCACUAGUGGUAGGCCAAUUAACACUUUUCUCCCAGCAUAUAGACAUGUUUUAGGGGAGAACCAUCCCCUGAAUUCAUAUGUUGUGGGGUAGGGCACAGGUCCAUCACUACCUAUAGAAUAUCAUACAGUAGUUUGCAAAUGCAUAUAUACCAGUAUAUAGUGCAGAGAUAAGGAGCCUGGUAUUUUGUUUUGUUUUUUGGACUACAACUCCCAUGAAACUUAGCUAGCAUGGCUCAUGAUGUGGAAACGUGGUUGACGUUUAGCAACAUUCUAAGUGCCACAAGUUGCUCACCUCUGAUCUAGUACUUUUUUUGCUUGCUUAAAGCUUUCCACCCCCAUUCAACUUUUUCUUUUCUAAUUCAACUCACUACCUGCUCUUAGGCUUUGAACACCUAUAUGAUCCCAAAAUACGUGGGAAUGGAGCACACAACUACCAGUCAAUAAACGAGUUCAAAUAAAACAUUCCUUGAUAUAUAUAUAUAUAUUUGUGGCUGUUGGGAACUUUUUUUAAAAGAAAGAUGGAAGGAGGGAAGUCCCACUCUCUCCUAACAUCAAAAAGAACCCAUGCAGGUUGUCAUCUCAGUAAAACAUUUUUUAAUUAAAAGUUUAUCAAAUGAAGUGUUGAGGGACUAGGAUUGCUUAAUGUACUGAGUUGAAGGUCCCAGGAAGUAGGCAAAUGUGUCAGUCUUUUCUCUUAGUCCAAUUCUUAUUCACUAGAAAACAUGACUGUGCACACAGCUUCUUCAGUUGCUUGACAACAUUCAUUUUCCAUCUGAGGAGAUGGAUCAGCACUUUUGUGUAUGAUGGCAAAGUACAAUCAUUUCCUGAAUUAUGUCCCUUCCCACCCCACACCUUUUAUAACCACAUUUUGAAUUUCCAUUCUAUAUUCUGUAUAUUUGCUAUUUUCUCCAGCUAUAACAGGUAUUUUAGGCAACCUGUAUGGCUACUGUAAUAGUGAAGUCACUGAACCUUUGCUAAAUAAAAGGCUGCCGUAUGGUUUGAAAUGGUGUAA